AUGAAUAAUAAUUUUAAAAAAAAUGAUGAUAUAUUUAGUGAGAAAAAGGUUUUUGAAAAUAUAAUGCCAAAUGUAAAGAAUAAUUUUAUGUGUAAUAAAGCAACUGAUAAUAUAUCAAAGCAAAAUAUACAAAAUAUUGAAAAUAAUAAUAUAAAAGAAAACGAAUGCGAUAGUUUUACUUCCUUAAAUGAUGAUUUUAAUAAGAAAGAUAGCAAUGAAAAUGAUAAUAUUUUAAAUAAUUUUAGUAUAGAAACUUUAUGCAUAAAUGAAAUUAAAAGUUGUGAAGAAAAUGAUUUAUUUGAUGACAAAAAGUACACUAAUAAAGAUGUAUUAAUAUCAAUCUUAAGAAAAAAUUUAGAAUUAAAAAUAAAAGAUUAUAAUUUGGUUAUGGAUACAUUAAUCAGAACUAAAGAAGAAUGUACUCAAAAAAGUGAUAAUAUCAAAAAACUUCAAUUAAAACAUAAUGAAUUGGAAAGAGAGUAUUUUAAUUUGAAGAAAGAAAAUGAAAAAAUAAAUAAUGAGAAAAAUAUGAAUUUAGGUAAUUUCUCAUUUUAUAAAAAUGAAUAUAAAGAUAUAAAAUAUAAGUUGUUAAGGUUAGAAGAUAAGCAUAAUAGUAUGAUGGAAAAAAAUGAACAACUAAAUAAAGAAAUUACUAAUUUAAAAAAUGAGAAAUGUAAAUUAGAAAUAGAUAAGAAUAAUGAAAUUGAAAAGUUAAAGCAUGAAAAUGAAAAAUUAAAAAACAAAAAUGAUCAAUUGCUAAAUGAGCACUAUAAUUUAUUAGAGAAAUAUUUGCUUAAUGAAAAAAAAAUAUAUAAACUAGAAAGAGAAAAAAAAGAGGAAAUAUCAAAAUUUCAAGAAAUUAUAGAAAAGGGAGAAGUAAUGAAAAGAAAUUCUGUUGAAAAUUUAAAUAAGGUUAAAGAUGUUUUAUCAAAGUCGUUACUAAAAUCAGAAGAAAAUGUAAAGAAGUUAUUAGUUGUAGAGAAAGAAAGAGAUAGUUUAAAAAUUAAGAAUGAAAAUUUCAUAAAAAAAAAUGAAGAAUUAAAUGUUAAAAUUGAUAAUUUAAAAAAUGCGUUAAAAUCACUUGAAAAAAACUUUAGACAAAUUAUUGAAAAAAAUAAUGCUAUGUUUUCUGUUACACAUGAAUUCUUACAUCAGAAUAAUAGCAAAAUAAUUGUACUCAGAAAAAAUAAUGAAAUAAAAGCUAUUUGCGACAGUUAUAAUAUAGAUAAAAAUAUAUUUGAUGAUAUUAAUCAUUUUUCAGUACUAUACAUAUAUGAGGUGAUUCACAGUGAAACACAAGAAGGUUCCAACGAAUCUUCAGAUUAUUAUAAUGAUAAUGAAGAUUAUAUUAAAAUAAAAAAAUCAAAAUAUAAAAGUUUAAAUUAUCAAUUAAAUGAAGCUCAAAUAAAAAUUAUUAAUUUAUCAAGAUCAAACGAAAAUUUUGAAAAGUGUUGUGCAAAAGUUAAAAGCUCAUUAUUAAGUGACGAAUUGAAUAUAUAUAAAAAACAUUACUUCGGAGAUCAUGAAUACUUGUAUAACGAAAAAAAUUAUAUUGAAAAUAUACUACAAGAAAAAAUUGAACAUGUUAAAUUCAUAGAGAAAAAAUUAGAAGAAAAGGAUAUGAUUAUACAUAAAUUUAAGGAAAAUAUUUUUAAGUUAAAAUUAGAGAAAGAAACUUUAAUUAAAGUUAUUUACUCUCUUCCCAAUAUUUCUUCUUUAGCUCACGUUGAAAACAAUAAUAAAAAAUAUUCAUUAGAAAAAAUAGUAGAAAAUAUUGUGAAAGACUAUAUAUGCAAUAUGAAAAAUAGUAAAAUAGAAGAAUUAAAUGAAAAAACACCAUCAAAUAUUAGUAAAAAAUCAAUUUUACAAAAAAGUAAUAAUGAACAAACAAAUGAAGAUAUACCUCCUUUACUUCAUAGUUUAAAUCCUUUUCGUUGUAUACUUGAAAAUUUAGGUAAGGCUAUCUUGAAUAUCGAAUCGAAACAAAUAGAGUACUUUAAAAAAAGUGAUUUAUUAAAUUUCAUUGAUGAUUAUAUGAUAACAAUAGAUAUAUUUAAUAGAAUAUCUGCUUAUAAUAAUUUAUUUAAAGUAGAAAUUUUACUAGAAAAUGAAUUUAGUUACAUUUUAGAGAAAUUAAAUAGUAAUGAGGAAAAUAAAACAGAAAUAAUAAUUAAAGAAUUAGAAAGGAAUAAGAAGAAUUACAGUGAUGAGGAUCUAUUUCAUUAUAUAGAAGAUAAAAAGAUAUUAGAUAAAUAUAAACAAUUCUAUCACGAUCAUUUUGUUAACAUAAAUAAUAUAUUUAAUACAAUUAUAAGCUUUAAUUUAUAUAACAUUGAGAAUAAAUAUAAAAUUAUUUAUGAGAGGUAUUUUAAUUUAUUUAAUUUAAAUUUCAGUAAUGUUGAGAUAUCAUUUGAUUUAUUAUUAAGGAGAUUUAAUAAAAUAUUAAGAUUAUCUAAAUGUUAUGAACAUAUUAUUGUUGAAAAUAAUAAAAAAAUAUCUGAACUAAAUAAAAAUGAAAUGGAAUUAUAUAAGACUCAGAAAAAAUUAGAAUAUGAAAUGGAGUUAAUGAAAAAAGAAAAAGAAAAUUUAGAAAAAGUUAUUACAAAAAAUGAAGAAAAAAUAAAUAAAUUUAAUGAGAAAUAUAUACUUUUACAGAAUGAGUUUCAUGAGUAUAAAAAUAAAUACACAUUCAUUAUUGAAGAAUUUGAGAAUUUAAAGAAAGAAAAAUAUAAUUUGGAACAAGAAAUAUCUCAGAAAGAACAAAGGAAUAUUAAGUUAAAUGAGCAAAAUUGUGAAAUUAUAAAAAAUUACGAAAAGGAAAAGGAUUAUUUGCAAUCGUUAUUACAAGAGACAAAAGAAAGUAAUAAUUAUUUAAAAGAAAAAUUGGAAUCUAUUUUAAAUAAUAAUGAAAAAUUGAAAUAUGAUUAUGAUAUACGUUUAAAUAAUUUAAAUACUAUGUGGUCUGAAGAAAAAGAAAAUAAUAAAAAAAAUGUUUUUAAUAUAAAUAAUUUAAAAAUUGAAAACAAUAAUUUAUUAUUAAAAAUCAAAGAAUUAGAAAAUACAAACAAUAUAAUAAAAGGUGAAUUAAAUGAAAGAAUUAAACAAAUCAAUGUAUUCAGAAGUAAUUGUUCUUUUACAAUGAAGAAUAUGAAAAAUAUUUCGAAAUGUUUUAACCCUUAUUCUAGUAAUAAUUAUGCAUUGAAUGAAAAUGACACAGAAAAGAAUAUAGAAUAUGAGAUAAGAGAAAGAAAAUUACAAGAAAAUAUAGCAGAUUUAGAAAGGGAAAAUUUAAAAUUAAAAGGAGAAAAGGAAAUAUUAAUAACUUCUGUUGAUACUUGGAAAUGCUUUAGUGUAGAUAGUAAAGAAGAAAUUAGUAGAUUAAAAAAGAUAUGUAAUGAACAACUUGAAAAACAUAAAGAAUUUUUGCUAAUAAAUCAAUCUAAUGAAGAAAAAUUAAAAUAUAUAAACAAUUUGUUAACAACAGAAAAAGAUAAAUAUGAAAAAGAUUUAAAUGAAACUAAGUCUUCCUUAAAUAUGAAAAUAGAAAAGCUAAAUGAUAAUUUAAAAGAAAAAAUCCAUGAAAUAAAAGUUCUACAAUAUGAUAAAGAAACAUUAUUAAAUAAAAUUAGAAAUUUUGAGAAGGAAAAAAAUGAUGAAGAUUCCUUAAGAAAAAAAGAAGAAGAAUAUAUAAGUUUAUUAAAAAAUGAUAAGACAAAUCUUCAGAAAGAAUUAAAUGAUGUAUUAGAAAAAUAUAAUGAUGAAUUAGAUAAAAAUAAAAAAUUGUCUAAUGAACUAGAUAUACUCAUUAGUAAACACAAUGAAGAAAUGCGAUUAAUAAAUGAGAAAUUAAGUAACGUAAAAAAGGAUAAUGCAUACUUAAAUGAUAUAUUUCAAAAACAAAUAAAUUUUAGCGAUAAUGAUUUAUUAAAAAAUAGACUAGAUCAAUUAGUUCAUUUAAAUAAAGAUUUAGAAUCAGAGUUACAAGAGAAUGAAGCUUUAAAUGAAAAAAUAAAAUGUGAGAACAUAGAAUUAAAGGAAAAAUUAAAAAUAGAAAAAGAAAAAUUUAUACAACAACAAAAAUAUAUUAUAGAAUUGCAAACUAGUAUAACUGAUAAAAACAUGGUUGGCAAAAAUGAUGAAUUUAUAAAUAGCUUGAAAGCUAAUUUUGAAAGUUCAAGAUUAGAAUUGCAAAAAUUACUUAAUAAAUUUGAAAAAGCGAAUUUAAAUGAAGAAAAAUAUAUAAUGAAAAUACAAAUUAUGGAAUCUAAAUUAGCAAAAAAUGAAAAUGAAAAAAAAAAAAUUACUGAGCAAUUGGAAGAUAAUAAUAAGAAUAAUUUAAUUAACUUUAAUAAAUUGAAGACUAAUUUAGAUAUACUUACUGAAGAAAAUAGAAUAUUACUGUUAAAUAAAGAAGAAUAUGAAAGGCAAAUCGAAGAAUUGAAGAGAGAUAAUCAAUUUUUUAAUUCUACAAAAAAUAACGACUUAAACAUAAUUGAAAAAGAAAAAUUACAGGAACAAGUCUCAGAAUAUUUAGAUAAAUUAAAUGAAAAAGAUAAAGAAAUAAUUAAUUUAAAUUUCCAAAUAAAAAAAUUAACUAAUGAAAAUUUAGACAUGAAAAAUAAAAUAAAUUUAGGUAAUGAAAAUAAUGAUAGCAAUAAUGAUAUGGAGAAUAGAAGAAAUAACGAAAAUAUUUCAUUAGAAAUAUAUAAAUAUAUUAAUGAAAAUAUUGACUUAACUGCAGAGUUGGAAAAUAAAAAUGAACUUAUAGAUAAAUGUAAAGAAGAAAUAAAACAAAAAAAUGAUGAAAUAAAUAAAUUGAAUGAUCAACUAUUGAAAUUAUCCAAAAGCUGCAACAGAUUAAAUGAAUCUAUAAUUAUUAUGGAAAAACAUAAAGUGAAUAUGAAUAAUCACAUAAAAGAAAAAGAUGAAAUUAUUGAGCAAUUAAAAAAUAAUUAUAAUAAUAAACUAGAUGAUUUACUGAAUGAUUAUUCUUAUAAAACAAAUACAUUUCCUAUGAUUGAAAAAGCUAUAGAAUAUUCCUCUGAUGAUAUUUUAAAAAUGUACAAAAAUAUACCAACUUUUGACAAUGUUGAAAUAAAUGCAAAAGAAACAGUUAAUAAUUUAUAUUCAUUAUCUUUAGAUAAAGACAAAGAUGACAUUAUAAUCAUUAAGUGUAAUAUAUUAAAACUAUUUAAAUUAGGUUCAUGCUAUUUAUAUAUUAUAAAUAGAAAUUUAAAAGAAAUUAAAAAUUUUAAAAAUCAAGUAUGUUGCUUAGAACAAAGUAUAGAAAGUUUAAAUCAACUUAUUGAUAAUUUAAAAGAUGAAAAUAAUAAAAAUGAACAAAUUAAAGUAAAUAAUUUAGAAGAGAUACUAAAAUUAAAAAACAGUUUGAGAAAUAAUGAAAAUUCUAUAAAGAAUUUAAAAGAUGACUUAAAAAAAAAUGAAGAAAUUAAUGAGAUAAACUUAAAGAACAUUUAUAAAUAUAAAAAUUUCAUAAACCAUUUAGUGAAACAAAGUACUAUAUUUUGUAAAAUAUUUAAAAAUAUUAAUGCAAAAAAGAAAAUCGAUCCAUCUAUUUUAAAUCAGUUAAACAAUAUGCAAAAAUCGUUUAAUUUUUAUAUAUAUGAUUCUUCCAUUGAAGAACUAAAAAAAAAAAAUAAUUUAAAUAUUAAUAAUGAAUUAUCAGAGGAGGAUUUGCAUAAUGUCAAAUUAUUUGCAGAAAAUUUUAAUUUAAAAAUUGAAAAAGGAGAAACUGAUUUCUUUAAUAAAAAUGAAACAAAUGAUGAUGAAGGCAUUUCUUCUUUUCGUAAUGAUAUAUUUAAAAUAGAUUAUGAGUCUUUUAGUAGAGUUUCAAAUAAUGAAGAAAAUAAUGUACAAAAAAAAAAAUAUGUAACCAAUGAAAAUGAAUUUAUUCAAAUUUUAUUAAAUGAAGACGAAUAUAUGCAUGAUAAAGAACAAAAUGAUUUUAAUCAAAUAGAUAUUCAAUUAUGUAAAGGUGAAAAUAAAGAGAAUGAAGAGUUAAAUUCAUAUGAAAUUUAUAAAAAAAAUGAUUUUUCACCUAAUCAAGAAAAUAAUAUUUCUAAUGAAAAAAAUGAUUUAAAUGAAGGACCUAAUGUUUUUAUUAACGAAAAUAAAGUAAAUACAGAAAAUAAUAUCUUCGAUGUAGAUAAUAAUACAUAUACUAAGGGAGAUAAAAUGUUAGAUGAGGAAAAUAACUCAUAUAACAAAAAAAAAAAAGAUAUGAAUAUAGAAGAUAAAAAAAUAGAUCAAAAAUAUAAUUUAGAAAAAAAUUUAAAUGAUAAUAAUGAAGGAUUGAAGGAUUAUUUUAUACAAAAUCAGUUAGAAUGUAAAACAAACAAUGAGACCUUGCAGCGUUAUGAAGAAAAUAUAUUAGAAAAUUUUUAUAAGAAUGAUGAAUUAAUUCAAAAGAAAUCAAAAGAUAACGAUAAAGAUAUAUUAAAUGUUGAUGUUAAUAUAGUAAAUAGUAGUAUUCAUUUAGCAAAUGACAAUAAUAAUGUAAUGAGCAACGAAACUAAUUUAAGAAUAAAUAACGAUGAUAAUAUAAUAGAUAAUGGGGAACAUAUAGUGAAUAACAAUGAUAAUUUAAUAGAUAAAAACAAUGAAAUAAUAAGUAUAAAUAAUAAUUUAUGUGAAGAAUCUAAUUAUUAUAACAUAAAAGAAAGUAAUGAACAUCAAAAGAAAGGAAUGCUAAAUGGGGACAAUGAUAAGAAAAUAGAUAAUAAAUAUUUGAAUGAAAAUGUUACUUCAACUUCUCAUGAAAAAAAAAAUAGUUAUAAUGUUAUAAAUACUAAUGAAAAGCAUAUCAAUGAUUCUGAAUAUAAUCACAAUUCAAAAGAAAAUGAAAAAAAUAAUAAUAUUAUUUUAGAAAAUUUUAAUAAAGGAAAAUAUGCAAGUGAUGUUGAAAAUUUUGAAGGUACUAACACAAUAGAGAAUUCAUACAACCAAAACGAAAAUGAAAAAAAUAGUAAGAAAAAUAAAAUUGAAAUUUAUGAAAAUUUCAAUGAUACAUAUAUUAUGCAAAAUAAUAGCAAUACUAACAACAAUUCAUAUAGCUCUCAUGUGUCUGAAUAUAAUUAUGAUACAUAUAAAAAAGUUUAUGAAGAAAAUAAUAGAAUAGAAAAAAAAAGAAAAUAUUAUUCUGACUCGGAAAUAGUAAAAUUAGAUUUUUAUUCACCAACAGUCGGCCUGUCAAAAAAAAUAAAAAAAAUUCAUAAUAUUUAUACUGAUAACGAAGAAAGUGAAAAUGAAUUUAAAAAUAAAAACAAAGAAAAUAAUGAAAAUGAAGAUCAUAACAAAGAAAAAAAUCAAGGAAAUAAUAAUAAUUUUAAGAGUUUAAACUAUGAUAAAGACGUUAUGACUUAUGAAGAACAAACAGUUCUAAAUAAUAUAAAAGGAAGUAAUAAUUAUAGCAAUUAUUAUGAAGAAAGAACUAACAAAGACAUUAAUGAAAAUGAAGAAAAAAUGGAAAAUUAUGAAGUAUGUGAAAGUGAAAAUAAUGAAAAUGAAAGUAAUAAAAGUUGUUAUAUUAUUUCAUCUGAUGAAGAAUGUGAAAAAAAUGAUUAUUCUAAAACAUCAGAAGACGAAGAAGGUGAAGAAGAAGUUGAAGAAGAUGAUGAUGAAGUAAAUGAAAGAACACAAGAAGAUUAUGAAGAAGAUAAUACAAAAGAAAUAGAAAUUGAAAAAGAAGAUGAAAAUGAGGAAGAUAAUGAAGAAGAAAUGGAAGAAUAUGGAGAUAAUUCUAAAGAAGCAGAAGCUGAUGAUGAAGAAGAUGAAGAAGAAGAGGAAGAAGAAAACGGAGAUGGAGAAAACGAAGAAGAUAUUGAAGAAGAGGAAUAUGAAGAAGAUAAUACUAAGGAAGUAGGAGAAAACGAGGUAGAAGAAGAAAAUGAAGAUGAAGAAUAUGAAGAUGAGGAAAAUAGUAAAGAAUUAGAUGAAGAAAAAGAAAGUGAUGAAAAUGAAGAUGAUGAAUAUGAGAUUAAAGAAAAUGAUUACGAAGAACAAGAAGAGAAUAUAAUUUACAAUAAUCAAAAGAUGUCUAACUUAGAUAAUACACAAAACAUUUUUAAUAUAAAUAGUAAUGAUGCUGUAGAUAUAGACAAUAAAUAUAACGUAAAUGUAAAUAAUGAUCUUCCUGGUUAUGGAAAUUCUAAUAAAAAAAAUAAUAUUAUUAAUGAUUUUAACUUUUUCAUACCCUCAAAUAAAAAUAUUGCAAAUGAAAACAAAUCAUUUAAUGCUAAAGGAGAAAAUUCAGAUGCUAUUAGUAUCGUGUCAUCAAAUGAAGAGAAUGAAAUAUUUUAUGAAAAUGAAAAAGGGAAUAUAGAAGACACUAUUGAAAAAAAUAAUUUGAGCAAUCAAGAAAAUUUUAAUAACAAAGAAAAUCCAAGUGAAUUGAAUUUUGAAGAAUAA